AGUCGGAGGCCGAGGAUAUUUAACCUUUCUGGAUAAACACUAUCAUGUUUUCAGCAUUUAAUUUAUAUUAUCAUCAGGUCUGAUGGUUAAAACGUCUUCGAAGCCGAUGCCAGCUGCGACAGACAAUUCUUACGAAGAUUGGCUGUUCCGAUCAUAUGUAAACCAAAUGUCUAGCCAACAUUCUACCACAGCCCUUUCCUGGAGGAAGUUGUACCUCAGCAGGGCCAAGCUUAAAGCAUCCAGCAGGACGUCCGCCCUUUUAUCUGGUUUUGCUAUGGUUGCGCUUGUGGAGAUCAGCAUCGACAAAGAUGUUCCAAAAGGGCUAAUAAUCUUGUUCAGUAUCGUCACCUCACUUUUAGUCUCCGUCCACCUCCUGGCCUUGAUGAUCAGUACCUGCAUCUUGCCACAUAUUGAAGCAGUUUCCAAUGUACAUAAUGUCAACGCAGUCAAAGAAUCUCCACAUGAAAAGAUGGAAAGCUAUAUUCAGUUGGCUUGGGGAUUUUCAACAGGCGUUGGAAUCAUACUCUUUCUAGCAGAAAUAACAAUUAUUUGCUGGGUACAGUUUAUUAGUUUAAGUCUUGCCGCUGCCAUUGCCUCUACAGCAAUUGUGAUUCCAGUGCUUAUAGUGUUUCUCAUAUUUGCUGCGUUUUUUUACAAGAAACUGAUAAGCCAUAAAUAUGAACGGUCAUAUCGAGACUUGGAAGAUCUACAGCAAGAGUUGGAUCAACUUCAGCAAAACCAUUCUGCUAUGGACAAUACCCUGAAUGGGUCACAACAGAUAGUGUGAUAUAAUUUGUAUUUAUAUGUUUCUCUUGGAUGCAAAGAGGUGACCAGCAGUUGUGUAUCUUGUAUUUUCUCUUGUUCUUCAAUGUAAUGUGAGUGUAGCUUGUCCUCUUUGGCAAGAACACACAUGAACUACAUUUGUGUAUUGUCAUAGCUUCAGUGUCCUCAUUUUGCAAAGGCUUAAAUGUUGGUCAUUACUUGGAAACAGUUUGAUAGUGACAUUAAACUUGGUACAUUUGUCUAACUGUAACCGAGUUGACUCUAGCUAAAAUACCAUUUCCGUAGUAAAUGAGAACAUUGGCAAACAUUGUAAAGCCACAGGCUUGUAGUGCUCAUGAAAAUAUUAUCAGUGUGAUAUUCUUACAAAAGUCUUGGAAAACAUAUUUGUUUAAGAAUAUAUUUGUUUAAGUAAUACAUUGUUUACCCCUGGUACGUUUUUUUUACUUUGAUUGUUUAUAAAAGCAUCUCCAACCCAUCAAAUAAUUUAUUUGAGAUUCUUUUGCCAAAAAAAGAGAUUUUGCACGGAAAUGAAAACAAGACAAUUGUUUUCUAAAGUGUGGCAUUAUCUGGGGGUAGGAUCGUUCAUCGCCCCAAUAUCUCGAAACUAAUUAAGUUCCUUAUAACAGGAUUUAGAUAAGCUCACUAUUUUUGUUUUUCAAUAAUUUGAGUAAUAUUUACUUCUUUAGUAUUUGUAUAUUUUAUAUAGGAAUUGUAUUUAAAAUAAUUACAAUAAACCAUUCCUCAUGUAUCAAUAUCCAAUUUAAGUAUCUUUUUUGGCUUCUUGAAACAAGCUACUUAAGCCUGUUAUGCUUAAGAAGUUUCGAGAAAUUUAGGCCAGGUAUUAUAUAUACAUUAACAACAUAAGUACAUUUCUGUUAACAUUAUUAUCGUUAAACUUGAUUGCAUUUUGUUUGUCUUAAGAGCAGACACUUUUUUAACCAGGAUAUUAAACACUUAACAUUUAUAUCAGGGAAGUGGCAGAGUAAAUGAAACUUUAUCUUAAAUAGUCAGUACCGGUAUCUGAACGUCCUUGAAAUUGUAAACAAUUAUUGAGUACAUUAGAGAAGGUUUAUUAUGUACGCAUAUUAUUACCGCAUAUUAUUACCGUAUGUGAUUUAUGUAGGGGUUCUCCUAUAUCUUAAUCUGACACAUAUAAUGUAUUUAGGAAGUUACCAUAUGUCUGAUUAAUUAGAGGUUAAGUCUGGCUAGUUUUAUUGCUUAACCAUCUUAAGUCAUUUCCUAACUUAAGUCAAUAUCUUAAUUUUGGUAUCCCUUUCGCAAUAUCAAAUGAAAAAAAAAAGAUUUCCAUAUUAUCCAUCAUUUUCAUUGACGUUAUUGAAAAGAAAUACUUUAAAUUAAAAUCACUUAUAUUUAAUUUAAAUGAAAAUUUGAAGAAAUCAACUGAAGGCUAUUCCAGUAAAACAUAUAACCCCCGGGGGAGAGGCAAUGGUUUAAAUAGUAUAUGGGUGGGUGUCUUUUUUCACACAUUUGGACCCCAGAAGAGUUAAUUUGCUUCUGUAGGGGGUGUUAUAAUUUCAAAGUGCCUUCCCCACGGGGUUAUAUGUUUAAAUGGAAUAGCCCUGAAAGUUUAAAUCUAAAUUUCUCUGAAGUUUUGUUGCAUCAUAAGUGAAGAUAUGAAUUAUAAUGCAAAAACACACACAUAUUAUUAUCAUAAAUGAUAAAUACAAUCCAAUGUUAAGCCCAUUUUCAAGAUUAAGUUAAAUGUUGCCAAGAUCAUUAUGUUCAUCAUAGACAGAUUAGAAUUGAUUAAAGCCAAAUUAGGACAUAUGUUAUUUCAGUUGUUACAGAUAUAAUAUAAAUCAAGCGCUAUGCUACUGUGGAUCACAAUUGUGACUUUAAAUGAUAUUUAAAUUUAAAACAGUUUUGUUUCUUUCACUUAUUUAAAGGCCAAAAAUAUUUGUUUGUUUCAGAUUUCAUUGCCCAAAACAUGAUUUGUAGGUAGACAUAUUUUUUUAAGAUCAAGCUGUUUUUAAAUAUAAAUUCAUUUCACAUUUAAAUCUAUCCCUGUUUAGUCCUGGGCAACGUAAAUUAUGGAAACAGUACAUUUAUAAGUAUUUCUGUUGCAAUAAACUACUAAAAAUAUACAUCCAAAAGGAAAAAAAAUAAUGGUUAUAACAAAAAAUAUCCAAAGGAAGUAAAACAAUAAGGGUCAGGUGCAAAAAAUAAGGGGUCAGGAAACCUGAAACACACCGUGUCUCUUUAAUUAUGUCCAAGACAUGAAGUAGAAAUAACUUAAGGUCUGUUCAUGUUAAAUUUGUGUAUAUAUUUUGAGCCAUAAUGAAUGUAUUGUUUAUUAUAUUACAAUAUUACAAUUGUAUUACUAUUGUUAUGUUAAAUUUCCAUAUUUUAUCAUCUUUAUUAUUUGGCUUAAAACCGCUUUACUUUUAUCUGUAUAGAUUUUAUUACUAUAAUGAACUGUUAAUUGGUAAUACAAAUGUUUUUUCUCUCUCUCUCUGGAAAUUUGUUUAUUUUAAUGUUUAAGUAUUUGUAUUAAAAAAAUAAUUGUAUGUUAUGUGUUAUUAUUAUUAUUAUUAGUAUUAUUAUUUUUAAAUGUCUGUAUGGUCGUAAUGUCUGAUACGCCAUGCAGUAUAUGUUCUCAAAUAUGAUGCACUGGGUCGACAAGUAUUAUUUCUCACUGUAUCAUACAAUGUAUUAGUCUGUUUGAAGUAAAAAAAAAAAUUGAAGCAUUUGAAGUUAAAUUCAUUAUAUAAAGUGUCUACUUCCCGUUCUGGGAACAUGUUUGUGUUGUCAUCAUGUUUUUAUGAACCAAUAAGUAGAUUCAUUUAUGACAAUUUUUUCUAUACACAUGUUAGUAUCAAUUUUAAAUGAAAAUACGGAAUAAAAUCUUUGAUGAACUGUAUUAGGCAACAAAAGAGAGGUUAUGUAAUACAACAUGUAUGUAUAUAGGUUCAUCUAUUUCUAUGUGAUUGUGUAUACUUAGUUGCACAUACUUGUAAAGGUUGUUUUCCACUGAUACUUGCAUAAAUAACCUUUUACUCGUGCUGUUGUACAUGUCAUUCUAAAUGACACAGUGCUCAAAAAGUAGUCCAUAAGUACAAGUAGUCUUUUGAAACCUAUUCUAAUAAUUCAAUAUUUAAUUUUUGCCUAGAACAGAGUGAAGAAUCAUGUGACCUAAAAGAAUUCACACAUGGGUCACCACGGGUCACUACCAAUGUAAACAAAUGAGUAAGUUAAUUCCUAAUCAACUUUUUUGACAGAAAAGGUAUGAAAUAUUUUUUAGCCUAUAAAAUUCAUGUAACUUGCUCAUUUGUUUUGCAUCAGUUGGACCCAUGGUGACCUAUGUGAGAACCCCUUUAGGUCACGUGAUUUCUCACCCUGUACACAUAUGAUUACUCUCGAAGCUUAACAACAUUACUUUCUAGUCACCUGAUUAUAUUGUGCACCAUGUCUAUUUAUAAAUAUAAUUGUAAUUUCCAUACACAACAAUUAUUGUAGGGACUGUCAGAUACAUGUGUAGUUGAUGUCAAUAUCAAAUCAUGAACAAAAUAAUGGUAAUUACACAUUUACAUAUACAUGUACUUACAUAUACUGAAUAUACAUGAAUAUUAUAUAAGUUAUAAUAAGUAUGUCAUAUCAUACUUUUUAAAUGAAUCAGAAUAAAAGAUCAAAUUGUC